UGGAGGCCAUUUCAUUGUCAAAACCCCCAAAAUUCUGGUUUUGGUGACACCAGCCGAGGAGGCAUAGACUCAGUCUGUCCGUUUCUUCCCAUGUUGCUGCCUUCAACUGUAACUACAGAGGAGGCUAUAACUCAUGCUCCAGAUUCCCUGGCCAAACGUCUGAAGGCCCAGAAGUCCUUUUUGAUUACCCUCGGACCAUGUGUAAGCGACUUCCUCGACCCCUACGUGGAAGAUCAGGAACGGGCAGUAGUCUGAGGGCCGUACCAAGCUGAAAAGUGUCCUGGAGACGUCUGUAACCCAGGCUCCAGGAGACACCAGACACCCCUAUGGUCUGGGCCUGGUCAACAUAUUGGGCCUUCUGUUCGUCUUACAAGGGAAACACCUACAACUAUAAUGAGUUAACCUUUGCUCCUGUCAUCUUGACAGUGAGUGAAAGUCUUGCUUCCUUAAUUCUCAUCAAUAUUAGCAGAAUUCUCAGUGGCUGUUCCCUCAGCAGUGCCAGCUUGUGAGCCCGAGCCCAAAACUAACGGGCAUCAUCCAUCUUCACAAUUCACUGUUUCCUCACGAGCCUCUAUUUUUGCUGCCAUGGAAGCCCCUACUCAAGGUCUGCAGACAGUCAUGAGUUGGAAAACAGUGAUAGUCAUCUUUGUCGUGGUGUUAGUUUACCUGGUGACGGGAGGACUUGUCUUCCAUUGCCUGGAGCAGCCCUUCGAAAGUCUGCAGAAGAACACAAUCGCGCUAGAGAAGGCUGACUUUCUUCGAGAGCACACGUGUGUAAAUGAGAUAGAGCUGGAGACACUGAUUCAGCAUGCUGUUGAUGCUGAUAAUGCAGGAGUCAGUCCUGUAGGACCUUCUUCUAACACCAGCAGUCAUUGGGACCUUGGAGGUGCCUUUUUCUUUGCUGGAACAGUCAUCACAACUAUAGGGUAUGGGAAGAUGGCCCCAAGCACUGUUGGAGGCAAGGUUUUCUGCAUCCUGUAUGCCAUUUUUGGGAUUCCACUGUUUGGCUUCUUGCUGGCUGGGAUUGGAGACCAACUUGGAACCAUCUUUGGGAAGGGUAUUGCAAGGGUGGAAAAAGUUUUCAGAAAAAAGCAAGUGAGUCAAACAAAGAUCCGGGUGAUCUCUACUAUCCUCUUCAUCCUGGCAGGCUGCAUUGUCUUUGUGACAAUUCCUGCAUUCAUCUUCAAACACAUCGAGGGAUGGACAGCGCUGGAGUCCAUCUACUUUGUGGUUGUUACUCUGACUACCAUUGGCUUUGGUGACUUUGUAGCAGGAGGAAAUGCUGACAUACAUUAUCGAGAGUGGUAUAAACCCUUAGUGUGGUUCUGGAUUCUUGUCGGCCUUGCUUACUUUGCUGCUGUCCUGAGUAUGAUUGGAGACUGGUUAAGAGUCCUGUCCAAGAAGACACAAGAAGAGGUUGGAGAAAUAAAAGCCCAUGCAGCAGAGUGGAAAGCAAAUGUGACGGCUGAGUUCAGAGAGACACGGAGGAGGCUCAGUGUGGAGAUCCACGACAAACUUCAACGGGCAGCCACCAUCCGGAGCAUGGAGCGCAGACGCCUUGGCCUGGACCAGCGAGCUCACUCCUUAGACAUGCUCUCUCCAGAGAAGCGCUCUGUCUUCGCUACCUUGGAAACAGGGCGCUUCAAGGCCUCCUCUCAGGAAAGCAUCAACAACAGGCCUAACAACCUGCGCCUUAAAGGGCCAGAUCAGCUUAACAAGCACGGGCAGGGGGCAUCCGAGGACAACAUCAUUAACAAGUUUGGAUCAUCCGCUAAGAUGACCAAAAGGAAAAACAAAGACCUCAAAAAGACCAUCCCUGAGGAUGUGCGUAAAAUUUAUGAGACCUUCAGAAACUGUUCUUUGGAUGAAGAAAAAAAGGAAGAGGAGACGGAGAAGAUGUGUAAUUCCGAGAUCUCUUCUAGCACUGCAGUCCUGACCAGCUGUAUCCAGCAGCACUCAGACCUGGAAAAUGGAGUGAUUCCCAAUGAAACCAAAGAAAGGGAACAAGAAAACAAAGCGUUACUUGAAGACAAAAAUUAAAUAUAAAAGAUGCUUGACUUGAAUUAACAAUGUUAGUGGUUUUAUAUGUAUAUAUAUAUUGAGACACGUGCCUUAUACAGACUCCUUAUUCAAUCUCAAUUAUAUAGCAUCGAGGAAUAUUUCACUGUGCCAUAAAGACUCAAGCUUGCUCUGCCAAAACAAACCAGGAACACAGCACUGCAGAAUGGCAACAGAAAGCUACGCACAUGGAAAUUUCAGCCUGUAUAAGAUUACCAGGGCAAGACACAAGGGAAGGAAUUGAACCAUGGCAAUAUCACCAGAGUGCUCCUGCCGUGGCAUAUUAGACGAAGGGCAGCUAUGUAAGAAGAGCCUGUGAAAGGGAUGAAAAAGAGUGUAUCUUUGUAGGGGAUUAUGCAUCCAUAAAGCCUUCCCCUGGUGAUUAAAAAGAGGAGAAAUGAUUGGAGUGAACUAAAAACUUUCAGUAAGGCUUAGUUUACGUUUUGGCACGUGAUCCAAGCUAGUUUUUUUUCCUUUUUUUUGAGUCAGAUGCAUUACCUUUCUAAACUCCAAAAGAAUGUCUAUGGACACAACCACCAGCUAGGUGCUGGUUUGAAAAAUCAACACAGGUGUAUGUAAGGGUUGGAUUACUCUUUUCAUUAAAAAAAAAAAAAAAAAGAAAAGAAAAAACUCCAUGGGUAUUUAUCUUAAGCAGUGACAAAAAAAAAAGAAAAAUGGAUUUUUUUCUCACAAGAAAGUGCAUAUGAAGAAAACGCAACAUCUCAUGCUAUGUUGUUUAAAAGAAGAGAAACAUCAAUUUAAUAUUUGGCUAAGUGUAUAAAACAGUGGGCCAAGUGGUUUUUUUAAAGAAUUUUUCAGUCACACUUUCUACCACUGAAAAAAACCCUUCAAUUUUAAUACUGUAAGACUAUGAAGACAGAAGGGAAGCUACAGCUUUUGCGUGCUGGCAAACUGCUGUUCUCUGUAGCUGAAUCUGAAUUUUAGGCAUCAGAGCAUAUACACAAAUCAAAUGAGGGCCAGGGCUACCAUAGAAUCUCAGGGUUCUCUGCCCCUUUUGCUGGGUUUGGGUUUAGACAUAAGCUGCUGUCAUAAUCUCAGAAAAAAAAAAGAAAAGAAAAAGGAAAUUUAGGAAAAGAAGUUAAGAAAUAUAUGGUGGUAAACUUUUAAGUGCUUAUAGCUUUAAGUGCCAUUAAUGCUAUCAUAUUUUGUAACUUUUUAAACAAGUACUUUGAAUUAUUUGUUUUAUUUCCUUUCAGGUACUCUCUUUGUUUGACAGUUGCUAUCUCUUUUCCUGAUAAAAACUAAACAUGAGCUCUCUGCAUUUCUAGAGUAAAGAGAAAUAUAUCCAAACUGUGGGCAUUUUUUAAAAAUCUUUUGUGCUGUCUGGACAUAUGGAUAUAAGAAAUAGAAUUGUCUCUAGACUUCACAGUAAAUAUUCAAACAAAAGGCUGCAAAAUAAUUAAUGGGAAUUGCAAAACAUACUAAAUUUUU